AUGACCACGUUUGGCCUGGAUCGCUGUCCGCAGAUUAAACUCACGCCCGGGGAUCGCGCGCUGUACGAUUGUGCCACAAAGAAGUUUUUGCAGGGCACGGUGGCCGAGCGAGCCAAGUUCAAUCCAAAGAACAUAGACUCACAGCAGUGGGCGUUCGUCAAGCGCCAAAAAGAGGUUAGCGUCUUCAACAACAUAUCUGGAUCAACAAACCAGUCGAUAGUCGUUAUGGUCGGCACAGGUCUGAUUGACGGUCGCCUGGAAGACGUCAUGGGUGGACUUUACUGUGACACGACGAAUGAUUUCCGCACCACCACCGUGCUUUUAGGCUAUGACCUCAAAGACGGAUCGGUACUCAACGCGCACGAGCGACGCUCAUCGGAUGACCCGUUCCGCUUUGCCGGUAUCAAGUGGUUCGCCACGAGGUGUGUAUGGGGAUUACUACGAGACCGAGACGUACUGACCUACGAACGGAUGGGCACUACAACUGAUGCCCAUGGCCACGAACUCACCUACCAUACACUUCAGUCGAUUGAAAGACCCGAGUGGCCAGCUACUCCUGGAAUGCUACGUCAGAAUACAGCAUCGUGCUACUUGUACCGUCGUCACAAACGUACCAACAAGACGGAGAUAUUUCUCUGGGGAUCGAUAUCCAACUUUGGUUCCGAUCCAGCAAAAGCCAUCCAUUUCACAACUGCCAAUACCUGGCUCCAUGUUGUUCUCAGUCCCCGAGGUGGCCAUGCAAAGAAAUUCAGUGCGCUCAUGGACAAAGCCGACUGCCACCAGUGGUUGCCCUCAAGCAUGGUCUGUCACGUCUGCGCGCGAAAGCCAAAGCUGGGCUCCUAUCCUCUUUGUUUAGGCUGUCACCAGACUGUCUGUAAAGAGUGCUCUGAGAAGCACCAAAUUUUCAGACUAAACAAGUCCGGUCGAGCCCAGAAGCGACUAUUCUGCGCAGUGUGCAUCAAGAACGUCACGGGCAAAACGCACCUUGGACCCAGAACUAGUCCCAUCGAAUCGUGUUACGACACGAGCGAGUGCUCGGCGAUCGGUACACACAGCAUGAGGAGCAGCAGUAGACAAAGCAUUUGCAGCCGUUUUUUCAGCCGUACAGUCAACUUCAAGCAUCCACCCGAUGUAUUUCGCCCGUGUCUAUUGCCUUUAGACGACGAAGCACCCAUAGAAUUGAGUCUGGACUGGUAA